AUCAUCAAUCAUCUGACUGCGACAACAAGUGCCCUCUGUCCUUAUUUAUUAUUUAUUUUGAUAACGAAUCAAUAUUUUCAUAAAUUGCAAUCAUGAAACUAGAUUCGAACAAUAAGAUGAUUAAUGGUGAUAGUGGUGCUGAAACACCCGACGAUGUUGUCGAUCCGCGGCAAAACGCUGAAGAUAUUAUUGAUGAGAUACUCGCAGAAUUCACAGAGUCUAGAUCACCUGAUGCUAUCAGGAAUGGGAUGAAUGGAAAUGGUAUACCAGAGAAUCUUUUUAACAUUAUACAGCCGCCGCGGACUCGAACACCAGCGAACUCUUUCUCGGAAAACGCUACGAUCGACGACAUCGAUCCGUCGUCGGACCUCGGCACUUCCAUCCGCAAUAAAUGCCUAGAGCUUGAGGAAAUCCUUCAAAGCCUCAAAUCACGGCUUAACCACGUCGUACUUGAUGAAAAUAUUGUGCUUAGUCCUGAAGCAAAUUCGAUGGAAGCCGAACUUGAACAUGAUCUGGAUACAGACUGCCAGGAGGAUCUUUCUUUGCAAGAGUUCCUUGAACUUUUACAUUCACAAAAUAAAAUAGCCCCCAGUGGCGUACAAUGAUUAUUGAGACCAUUUUUAAUUGUAAGAUAAAAAGAAUUUAUUGUGUGCAAAUUUGAGAUUAGACCAUAUUAUGAAAUUAUUAAAUGUUUAGACUUAA